AGCAACCUCAUAGGGAUGGGAGACUUUAAUGCGCGAACAGGAUACAGAGUAGACGGUGAAGAUAUAGUGCUGGGGCCAUACAGUACAGGAAAGAGGACACGAAACGUGUGCACAACCAUUGAACAAUCUGGAAACCUUUUAACUUUGAAGAAGCGGACGAGAAGAAAAAUUGCAGAAGACGAUUGGAUCUGGAGUACUACCAAAAGUCCGACUGCAGAUAGAAUAAUGCCGAAUUCAGAAGGUACAAAUGCAACACAAGCUGUAUUUCCGGUUCGUUCUACUCCAAGCGCGUCCACGAUGGUCUCCAGCCAGCCUUUAAUAAUGGCAGAGGGCACAGCGUCACCAAAUGUUACGCUUACACCGCAAGACUUGAUUUAUAAGAAAUGUAUUUCAGAAUUGGAAACUUUGGUAAUGCCAGAUUACCGACAGAAUAACCGACCGUACAGUGACGUCCGAUGCAGAGAAAAUUAUUGGUUUGCUGAGGCAACAAACACUCGGCAAUAUCUGGUGAGAGAAUGCGAAUUCAAAGCUUACAACAUCCGCUACUACGUCGGUGGCAGGGACACAUAUCUAGGAGAAUUCCCGCAUAUGGCUGCUCUUGGAUGGAAGACCUGGCUGGGUACAUGGGCAUUCAAGUGCGGCAGUACGCUGAUCAGUCACAAGUUCCUGCUAACCGCAGCGCAUUGUUCACGAGCCUCAGAAACUGACACAGAACUUGCUGAUCCGGUUCCGCAGAUUGUUAGAGUUGGGAUCAAAAACCUAGGACCUACGUUUGUAGGCCUCACCAGCUUCGUGUACCCUAAUGAGCAAGGUCGCAAAAACACUUCUUUCAUGGAAAAUCCUGUUGCGAUUUUCGCCUUGGAGCAAGGAAUAGAUUUCGAAAUCAAGCAAAUAAUAGUGCAUCCUAAUUACAAAUCUCCUGAAAAAUAUUUUGAUAUUGCCCUAGUAGAAUUGAAAAAGGAAGUAACGUACACUCCUACUUUAUAUCCAGCCUGUCUCUGGACUGAACCUAAUCUUGAUAAACUAGGAAAGAGUUUUGUAGGUACCGGUUGGGGUGUGGUACGAGAAGACGACAAUAAAAUAUCCCCCGAACUCCAAGCUGCAGAUUUGGAUCUCAUAGAUUCGAAAGUUUGUGAUGAAUUGUUGUCCAAACAUCAUAGUAGAAACUGGUGCGGAUUGUGGGAAAAUCAAUUUUGUGCAGGAAAACUGGAAGGAGGAGUAGACUCUUGUCAGGGUGAUUCAGGGGGUCCACUGCAGAAAAUGCUCCAAAACUCUCCUAAACCAUACCAUAUGUACUAUGUUGUUGGAGUAACAUCGUUCGGAGUUGGAUGCGGGCGUAAAGACCUACCUGGUGUCUUCACGAGGGUGUCUAGUUUCAUCAAGUGGAUUGAAGAUACAGUUUGGCCCCCAAACACGAGACAAUAUGUUCCGCAAUACAUUAAACCAGUUUAAUCAGAACAAUCAAUUUGAACUAUUCGAUUGAUUCUCCCCUACUUUUAUGUUAAUAAAAAUGAACAAUUAAGAAAA